UUAUUCACAUUUUUAAAGAUCUCAUCAGUACAUGUCAAAAUUAUUUAAGUGAAGUAAGAUUUUUCCUCUAAUGUUAAAAAAUGGUUUUGUUCCUUCGCACGCUUACCGAGAGAUUCUCCUCAAAGCUAUCUUCCUCUUGGCCUCGACUAUAUAGAAAAUCCACAGCUAACCUCCAGCAGUAUGAAACGCACCAGAAUUCGCGACAGGCUUCGACCGCAUCACGCAAUGUAUUGCAGGAUAUCAUUUUCAAUAGACUCCUAGGCCGGACAUGCAACCCGGUAUUCCACACGGUAUUCCAGCAGGAGCCAUCUGGUAAGGCGAGCUUUCAUUGUUACUCUGGCGACAGAGUUCUCGAUGCUCAAAUCAGCAAUUGGAUGGAUUGGGAUCAGAGUCCACAUACGAAGGCUCAAAUUAUUGAUGCCAUCAAACAAGAAGAUUGGGAAACGCUUCAGGCCUGCAUGAACAAUCGGAUGGUAUUCGGCACAGAUGGCUUCCGAGCUCCGAUGCGAGCCGGUUUCGACGGCAUGAACGAGCUGGUCGUCAUACAGACUGCUCAAGGCUUAUGCGCCUAUCUGAAGCAGGAAUAUCCGGAUGAGAGCAUGUGGUCUGAGCGAGGCGUGGUCAUUGGAUACGAUGCGCGCUACAAUAGCAAACUCUUUGCGGAGUUGUGUUCCAUUGUGUUCCUGAACAACAAUUUCCGCGUACAUCUAUUUGGGAACUAUGUCUCUACGCCCUUUGUGCCGUUCACAAUUUUUGAGCUAGAUUGUCUGGCAGGCAUAAUGGUAACGGGCUGCCAUCACCCCAAGAAUAUCAACGGCCUUAAAAUUUAUUGGUCAAACGGAGCUCCAGUCACAUCACCUCACGACGCGGCCAUUCAGCGUUGCAUUCUUCAGAAUCUGGAGCCUGCAGAAGAUUCCUGGAAUCAGGAAGUCCUAAGCGCUAACGAAUUGCUGAGUAAUCCGUACAAACAAAUCGUUGAGGCCUAUUACGAAUCGCUCAAGUCGCAGCUCAGUACAUUUCUGGAGGACUGGGAAAAAUAUCCUCUGAAUAUCAUCUAUACGGCGAUGCAUGGCGUUGGUUAUCCGUACAUUGAGCUGGCAUUCAAGGCGAUCGAGUUCGAUCCAGUCAUUCCUGUGCUGGAGCAGGUCAGCCCCAAUCCAGACUUCCCAGACACGCCGAUACCGGAUGAUGCACUCUACCUGGCUACGCGACGAGCGACCAUCAAGAAUGCUGACCUUAUCUUGAUUAACGAUCCGGUUGCCGGUUGCAUGGCCGCUGCCGAGGUGGUCAAGCGAAAAUAUCGAGUCUUCAGCAGCAACGAGCUGGGCGCCCUGCUAGGCUGGUGGGCGUGGGAGAACUACGUGAUGAGCGAGGAAGAUCCGGACGCAUCCAAUUGCGUCAUGAUCGCCAGCACUCUCAGCUCCAAGAUACUGAAGUCGAUGGCGGAAGUCGAAGGGUUCGCGUUCCAUGAGACCCUGAGCGGCUUCAAAUGGAUCGGUAAUAAGGUGCUCGAAGAGGAGGACGAAGGACGGAAUGUGCUGUUUGCCUUCGAUGAAGCUUUUGGCUACAUGCUCUCCACAAAUGUGCUCGACAAGGAUGGCAUAAGUGCCGCUGCUCACUUGGCCUCAAUGGCAUCCUAUUUGCGGUCGGAAAAGGAUAUGAAAUUGCAGGACAAGCUGGACGAAAUAUACGACAAUUACGGAUAUCACGUUAGCCAAGUGUCCUAUCACGUUUUCGAUAACGAACGCAUUAUCAAAAAUAUCUUCAAUCGCCUGCGCACCUUCGACGACGGCCGGAAGGAUACGUAUCCGACGAGUAUCCUGAACGGCGAAUAUGCGAUUGAGAGCGUGCGAGAUCUGACGACGGGCUACGACAGCAGCACGGACGAUGAAAAGGCGACUCUACCCUCUAGUAAAACGAACCAGAUGAUAACGUUCAAUUUCAGCAAUGGAUUCGUGAUAACGUUGCAAGCCAGUAGAGCUCAGCCCAAGAUUACGUAUUACGCCGAAAUGUGCGGGGAGCCGGAGAAUAAGUCGUGGACUGCUCUAAACAAUAAACUGAAAGAAAUGGUCGAGGCUAUUGUCAGAGAGUUUUACGAGCCCGAAAAGAAUGGACUCAAGUCUACGAAGGGGAAGGAGGAGGAACUGAGAAGAGUCUGUAUGUAUGCGUUGUGAAUGGGAACAUUCUAAAAAAAAAAAGAAUGAAGAGCGUUUUUGUUUCUAUAGCAACUAAAUUUUGGUGUCACUCUGUUAGUGCUUAUUUUAGCCCACUUAACUCGAUUUGUAGUUCACUGUCAGCCUUCUCAAUGUAGUAGGUCAGGUCUUGUCUACAUUGUCAUUUCAAAAUUAAAUUUCGAAAUCAAUUGAAAAUAAAAGUUGAGGACGAAAUGUGUACGAAA